CAAUAUUAUAAACAUCAGAAUCAGGUUAUCUGAAAAAAUAAUAACCAUGGAUGGCAAAAAAACAUAUAGAUCGUGGAAUGAUAUUGAUUCCGGCGAGGAGAUCGUUAUAUCUGGUAUUGCUGGCAGAUUUCCUGGUUCGAACAACAUGAAUCAUUUACAAGAAAACUUAUUCAAUAAAAUUGAUCUCGUUAGAGCAGAUCAUGGCCGAUGGGAAAAAGAGCAUCUGGACUUACCAAUGCGUAUGGGAAUAAUUAACAACUUGGAAAAAUUUGAUGCCGAUUUCUUUGGAUUAUCCUUCAAGCAAGCACACGUACUCAUGCCCGAAGGGAGAAUGUUACUGGAACAUUCUUAUGAAGCAAUUAUCGAUGCAGGAAUUAAUCCAAAGCAAUUACGAGGAAAAGACACUGCUGUCAUCAUAGGCACAUCUUAUAUUGAAGCACAAGAGAAAUUUCUAUAUAAGAAUUAUCAGUUAGACGAUUUUCAAGUCGUUGGAUGUAGCAAAUCUACAGUGGCAAAUAUGAUUUCGUACUACUUGGAUGUAAAAGGACCAUCUUAUACCGUCGAUACAGCAUGCAGUUCCGGUCUUUAUGCCAUUGCCCUUGGUUAUCAUUGUAUUAUGUCGGGAAAAUGCGAAGACGCGAUAAUUGGAGCUGGAAAUCUAUGUUUACAUCCGAUUAUUAGUCUGCAAUACGCUCGUCUUGGUGCUUUAUCACCUGAAGGCUAUUGCAGACCUUUCGAUUCCAAUGCAAACGGUUAUUCGCGUAGCGAAGCAAUGGGAAUAGUAUACCUUCAAAAGGCGAAAAAUGCUAAGAGAAUUUAUGCUAUAUGUCCGCAUAUAAAAUUAAACAACGACGGUUAUAAAGAAGAAGGAAUAACAUAUCCAUCCUUGCUAAUGCAAAAUACUUUACUAAAGGAAUAUUACAAUGAAUGCGGAAUACCGACAUCUUGCUUGGAUUAUAUUGAAACACAUGGUACCGGUACCAAAGCUGGCGAUCCACAGGAAGUCACUGCUAUUUAUAACAGUUUGGAUAAAAAUAGAGAAACUCCAUUAAUGAUCGGCUCCGUAAAAUCCAAUCUUGGUCAUGCUGAACCUGCGAGUGCUUUUAUUCAAAUCGCUAAGACAGUAAUAGCCUUCGAAACCGGUUUUGUUCCACCAAACAUCAAUUAUACAUCACUACGAGAUGAUAUAGAUGCCUUAAAAAAUGGAAGUGUCUGUGUCGUUCAAGAACCAACGCCAAUUAAAAACGGUUAUAUAGGAAUAAAUUCUUUCGGUUUUGGAGGAGCUAACGCUCAUAUGUUAUUAAAGUGGAAUCGCAAACAGAAAGUUAAUAAUGGAGCACCGAACGAUGACUUACCUAGACUUGUAAUAUUAUCUGGACGUACUGAAGAAUCAGUGAAGUUGUUUUUAAAAGAUAUUGCUAAUCGUCCGAUAGAUGUAGAAUAUAUCCAUUUAUUACAUGACAUCUAUGCAGACAAUAUAAACGGUCACUCAUACAGAGGAUACAUAAUAUUGAAUUCUUCCCAACAAGAUUCAAUAAAGGAAAUUCAAAAUUGUAAUAACAUGAAAAGACCCGUCUGCUUUGUAUUUUCAGCUUUAGGUUUACAGUGGCCAGGAAUGGGUCGUAACUUAUUAAAAUUUCACGUUUUUGCAACAACGAUAAGAAAGUGCGACGAUAUUUUAAAACCGUAUGAUAUAAACGUCAAGGACAUUUUGACAAAUACAGAAGUAUGCGAAAACGCAUUAUACGCGUUUCUUGGAAUCGUCGCUAUUCAGGUCGGCUUAGUAGAUCUCCUAAUAUCCUUAGGAAUUAAUCCGGAUUACAUGAUUAGUCAUUCUGGCGGUGAACUCGGUUGCGCGUACGCAGAUGGAUGUCUCACCAUUGAACAAACUAUUUUAUCAGCAUACUUUAUGGGUUUGGCAUGUACCGAAGGAAAAAUAAUUCGUAGCUCAAUGGCGGUUGUCAGUAUGGGUUACGAUUGUCUUAAAAACAUAUGUCCAACGGACAUUCAAAUAGUAUGCCGCAAUAGUGAGAAUAAUAGCGUUGUGAGUGGACCUAUAGAAUCCGUACAAGAAUUCACGAAAAAAUUACAGGUAGAUUUAAAAAGUUUUUUGGAAAGUGUACCAUUGGUACGAAUGGCUUAUGGAGAUAUAAAUAAACUCAAUACGUUUAUCAAAGCCCAAAAAGAUAAAUUAUCGUGGUUCUCACAAGCCAAUUUAGUAUACAAAAUUGAGUGUAAGGACUGCGAUGCGUCCUAUGUUGGACAAACGAGCAGAUGUCUAAAGACACACGAACUCAUGACCACACGUGAUAUCUACAAGGAACUGAAAUUGCGUGGAUAUCAGUACAGCGGCUGGUUUCGUGGAUUGAAGAGUGCAUCUAUAUCGAGCCAAAAAGGACACAUCAUUUGGAGAAAUAAUUGGGUAACAUUUAUGGACUCUAUGUUACAGAUGAAACUUAUCGGAUAUGAUACUAGAGAUCUGUAUGUUCCUACGAGUAUUCAAAAAAUAGUGAUCAAUCCAAUGCUUCACGCUUGCAAGCUACAGAAUAUCACGGAUAGUGGAGAAGUUACAACAGACAUUGAUAAACCAUUACCGAUACAAAUAUACAAAGAAAUAGACACGAUUAAAGCUGGUGGAAUAGAGAUACGAGGUCUUAAAAUCACUCAAAUCAAUCGCCGGAAUUUAGCCCAAGAUGCUGUUCUUGAGGAAUAUACAUUUGUAGCUCAUUGUGAUCGCGCUAAGAUUCCUUUAAACGAAGCAAUUCGAAUAUCAGCACAACUCGCUCUGGAAGAUCAUCAAAUUAUCAAUGUGAAAGUUGUGGAACUAGUGAAAAAUGAAGAUGAUGUUGCAUUAGAAUAUCUCUCAUCUUCGCUGCUGCUUGAGGCAUUUGAUGAUAUGCCGUUAAUACAAACGAGUAUCACUCUAUUAACAUCACCGAAUCGUUUUAGUGCAGAAGAUUUAUCGCAAAACUUUUCAAUCAGAGAUUCUGAAAAACCAUUUUCAGAUGAUGGAGCUUUAAUUGUUGCUGGAUUCAACCUUUUGACCAAACCAUACGAAUCGUUAGAGCAACUAUUGCCAUUUUUGAGAGAUGGUGGUUUCCUGUUGACGCGUGAAAAAUAUGGCACGAUCGACUAUACGAAACAUUUACAACAGUACGAAUUAAAUGUUGUUCUUGAAAAGUGCACUGAUGAAGAAAUGAUUGUGCUUCUGAAGAAGAAAAUUUUGAUAGAAAAAAGGAUUGUUGUCCACAUAAAUAACAAUAACUUCAAUUGGCUGGAGAAUCUAAAGCCGCUGGUGAACGAUGAGAACAAGCUCGAUGAGAAUAAUAGAAUCAUAAUUGUUGGAGAGAGAGAUUUUGAAUGUGGUUUAUUGGGUUUUAUUAAUUGCUUGAGAAAAGAACCAGGCGGAAAACUUGUAAGAAGUGUGCUCGUUCAAGAUAAAGAGGCCCCUAAAUUCUGUCUUCAGGAUCCCUUCUACUUACAACAAUUGCAGAAAGAUAUGACCAUUAAUGUAUUGCGAUCUAAUAAAACCUGGGGAUCAUACAGAUAUUUAAAAUUACCACAACCCGAAGCAAAACCUGUACCUACCGCUCAUAUUUGUCAAACGAUUCGUGGCGACUUAAGUACAUUUUGUUGGAUAGAGAAUAACCUAUCAGACGUGUGUUGUCGUGAGGAUUUGGUGCAUGUUAUUUACUCAUCUCUGAAUUUUAAAGAU